CAGUAAAACGAAGUAUAACUCAGUACAACUAAGUAAAACUAUACAGUAUAAUGCAGUAUCCAAAAUUUGAAAAUUUUAAAAAUUUGAAAAUAUAAAAAUUUAUUGAAAUUUGAAUUUCGAAUUUUUUCUGAUUUAAAUUAAUAAUUUUGAAAAUACAAAGGGUAAAAUCGGAUAUUCAUGUUUCAUUAAAGCAAUAGGGGUAUAGGAGAUUUAAGAGGCCCAUAGGAGAUUGGCUCUACCACAAGUGGGGGGCAAUAGAGAAGUUGGCUCGAGGAAGAAGAGGUGAGGUAGGAGAAAAAAAUUGUUAGAGAAGAAGGGAAGAAUCAUAGGUGGAAAAGAAAGAGAGUACGAAGAGAAGGAAAGAAGGUGUAAGAAGAAAGAGGUGUGGUAUGAAGAAGAGGUGAGGUAGGAGGAAAUAAAUUGUUAAAGGAGAGAGGAAGAAUCAUAGGUGGAACCGUGAAAGAGAAAGAGAGUACGAAGAGAGAGAGAGAGUGAAAGUAAGAAUAGGAAACUCAUGGCACACAAUCUAUAAUAAUUUACACUUCCAUUAAAUCAAGUGCAGUUUCGUAAUUUUGGUUAGGUUUGAGGGUAUUAAGCUAAAUGUCUCUUAAUAUAAAUGACCAAAAUUAUUUACGUAAAAUUAUUUCUAUAAAUGCUUAAAAAACAUAUACCAAGUGUGUAUAAUAAAAUCAAAAUAAAUGUGAAUAAAGAAUAAAUGAUUUUGGUUUCUAGUUACAAACGACUAUAAAUCUAAAACUAAGCAAGAAAUAUCAUUUAUGAUAACUCUUAAAAAUCAAAAUCAAUUGAUUAUGCUUUGUAUUUGGUUGAACCGGGUUUUGUGAUUAAUCCAAGUCAUCGAUUUUGUAUGGGUUUUGGCUGUUUAAAUCAAAUCUGAGUUUUAAUCGAAGCCGGACUUGGUUUAGUUAAUUGUUCAACUGGUCCGGUUAUCAAAACACUGGGCUCACUAAAAGCAUGUUCUCCCAAAUAAACCGCGUUACAUAGUAAGUCGAUCCUUCUAAAGUCAAUUAACUGUUACCAUUUCUACCCGUGGAUUAAAAAUCUAAUCUCUUCUUUUCUCGAAAUAGCACGCGCCUAUUUUGAUGUUGCAACCGGCUAUAUUCGGUAACAAAUUUAUUUUCCUUUUAAAAGAAUUUACUAACUUUUCUGUUCUUUUCUUGACUGUAUAUAAAUUCGAAAAGUAUUCUGCGUUCCUAACAAAUUUCAGGAGCUCAAGCCUCUGAAUUCGUUUGACCUCACAACCAGAAUUUUCUCGAGAAAACGUACCCAGAACUUUCCUAGAAGAAAUGGAGGUAAAUGUAGCCACAUCCACGCCUUUUCAUUGGUCAGGACGCCAUGCGGCAAUGCCUAAGUGUCAGUCUUUGUCACAAACCAUAAACUCCUCAAAACGUCGCCGUUAUUGUAGAAGAGAUGUAUAUACAUCUGUAGUAGGAGGAGGAGGAGGAUCUUUAUCAUGCCAAACUAGAUUGAACCCUUCGACUUUUCUUGGAACCGAAUCUGGGAAAGUUCACUGGUCCAAAUCAUGUGAGCUUUUGAAAUUCACAAAGAACAGAACAGGCAUGCAGAAACAUUAUCCUUUACGUAGAGUUUGCAGUGCGAGCUUCAGUUUCUUCUCAGACCAAGAUUUCUCCACCAAGAUGCAAGAAUUAGCAUUACAGUUCAAGAUCGCAGGCGAAGAAGAAGACCUAGAGAGAAAUAAGCACCAAUCAGAAAGAAUCCACGACAAGGUAAAGCUACUACAGGAGUCUGUUCCAGGUUUAGCUUUGUUGGAGGCUCCAGGGAUAGAGAUGGUUAACCAUUCUAGCAUUAAACGGAAAGCAAACAGUGUUGAUUUACCCCUCUCCCUUAGAAUGAUUAAGAGGAAGCUACAAGAACAAGCUCUCAAAGAAGCUAGCGAAUCUAAUAGCUCUUCUAUCUACAAAGCUUUCUCUUCUAUGGUCUUCAUGAUCGAUGAGCUCCAUAGCUUUGUGUUGCAGACUAAGGAGACUAUCUUCUACGAAGAAGACCUACAAGGUGUUGUUAAGAAGGAUAUGCACGCUUCAUUUCUGUGGAUUUUCCAAAGCGUCUUCUCUCAAACCCCUACUUUGAUGGUAUAUGUGAUGAUCCUGUUGGCGAAUUUCACUGUGCAUUCAGUUGCAUCAAAUCUAGCUAUACCAGCAUCACCCGUUACUAAAGGCCAAGAUCAGAUGCAUCAAAGGUUUGAGUCUACAUUAUUAGGUCAUGUAGUAAGUGGCCAUUUUGAUAAGAUCUCCCGCUUACAAGAGAUAAGAGAAGAUGAGCUGAGUCUGUGGAAUUCAAUAGUGGAAGAAGCUGAUCAAAUGCAAGACUCCCCUGUGGUUCGUGACAUGAGACUGAAUGAAAGGACUGAAUUGGACGAUUAUGCUAGGACAGAGUCUUUAUAUGAGAUAAGUUUGGUUCAAGAACCAAACAACCAUUUACUCUUAGCUAACUACGCUCAGUUCCUUUACCUCAUCUCUCAAGACUACGACAGAGUGGAGAAAUGCUUCAAGAAAGCCAUUGAGUCAGAAGAAGUAGACGCGGAAACAUACAGCAAAUAUGCAGUCUUUCAAUGGAAAGUUCUGAACGAUCUAUGGGCGGCUGAGGAGAAUUUUCUAGAAGCCAUAUCAGCAGACCCUACAAACUCUUUCUACGCUGCUAACUACGCUAAUUUCCUCUGGCAAACCGGUGGCGAGGAAACGUGUUACCCCCUCGAAUCUUCUGAUUCUCCUCAGUAAUUCGCUUGAGACGCUAGAAACCAGAGAAUGGCAAUGUGAAUGGUGGGGAUUUGUUAGUAGAGAUUUGCAGUAACAGACAACGGCAAGACUUAGGUAGAGGAAAAAAGAAACAUGAAAAUUGUAAGUAGUGUUUGUGACAGAAACAUUACUUCUAUUUUUGUCCCAUGCUUUUGCCUUUGUUAUCACUUAGAAGUCAAUUAGCACAUGAUGUAGAUUCAAACCUAACACUUACGAUUGUGCUUUUUGGUGAAAUAGUAACUGAGCAUAUUUCUAACUUCUGUAAUUUAACGAGGCCACAAUUGAUAUAGGAUUCAUACGUAUUAACUCACUGACAGAACAAGAAAAUGUUAAAUCCAAGGUAUGUUAUUGAUAAAGAACAUUACUCUGUAUAACAUGAAAGUACUUUCUUUAUUAUCCUCUCAGUACUCAAUACAAGUACUAAGCCUAAAUCUCAUAAG